CUUACAAGCAGCUCCCACUUGGAAAUGAGCGGAGAAGAUCAUUUAAGAUGAUAGACUUUUAAGCGCAAAAAAAGAUCUGAAGCGCAAAAUGCGAUGCUAUGUUCACGCAUUUUUCCUGUGCACGCUCUUCACUUUCCUCUCACUGCUGUAUGUGUUCAGCCAGUGCGCCUCUGCUCCGGAGGACGGAGACGGCUGGGGCGGGAGGCGCUACGGGGAGCCCGGCGUGAGCGCUCAUGACAGCGGCCACGUUCUCAGGAAAACCCCGGGACUGACAGGCCUCCGGGGCAGCGCGGAUGGGCUGGACAGGUGUAAGUCACUGUCAGUUUCUUACUGGAAUCCAUAUUGGAGACUGCCUGCUGAUGUUUGUGGAGUGAACUGCUUAUUGGGACCAGCUCUUAGUGAGAGGUCAGCCUCUGUUGCCAAGAAACAUAAUGAGGAUCGAAGUCACCUGGCCGUGGUGGCCUGCGGUCCCAGGCUAGAGGAAACUCUCACCAUGCUGAAGUCGGCUGUUCUCUUCAGCAAAAAACAUCUGCACUUCUACAUCUUCGCUGAGAAUGAACUACACGACAGCUUCAGAGAAUCUCUUAAACUAUGGCCUAGAAAAGUCCAGACAAAGUUCACUUUCACCAUCUACCCCAUCAUGUUUCCAGAGGAGAAUGCAAAAGAGUGGAAGAAGCUCUUCAAACCUUGUGCCUCACAGAGGCUCUUCCUGCCAUUAAUCCUAAAGGAGGUGGACUCUCUGCUUUAUGUAGAUACAGACAUUCUUUUUCUGAGGCCGGUGGAGGAUAUCUGGUCCCUGCUUUCUCAGUUUAAUUCCGACCAUUUGGCUGCCAUGGCUCCAGAGCAUGAGGAGCCACGUAUCGGCUGGUAUAACCGCUUUGCACGCCACCCUUACCAUGGCAAGACAGGCAUCAACUCAGGGGUAAUGCUGAUGAACAUGACACGGCUCAGGGAAAAAUCUUUCAAGAAUGACAUGACAGCUGUUGCACUGCGGUGGGGAGAAAUUCUGUUGCCUCUUCUCCAGAAGUAUAAACUUAAUAUCACAUGGGGUGAUCAGGACCUUCUUAAUAUCAUAUUCCAUCAUAAUCCAGAAAGCCUUUAUGUGGUGCCCUGCCAGUGGAACUACCGGCCAGAUCACUGCAUGUAUGGCAGCAAUUGUCUGACGGCUGAACAAGAAGGUGUCUUCAUUCUCCAUGGUAACAGAGGAGUUUAUCAUAACGAUAAACAGCCAGCAUUUCAAGCCGUCUACAAGGCCAUCCAAAAGCACCCAUUUGGUGACAACAUGGAGUCCUCACUGCUUAAACCGCUGGAAGCAUCACUCCAGAUGACCACGCAUACCUACUGUGGUAGAGCCAGCCACUUGUUUACCAAGAGACUGAAACAGAGCAUCACGUCUGUUCAACAGGAUGACACAGAGAGAUGAUGAUGACGAU